AUGAAGCAGCCUGCCAGAGCCCUUUGGAUCAUCAGUACCGCCAAGAGAUUCUGAAGCUGGAGGAUUUGGAUGGCAGGAAGAACCGACGAAUCUUUACCUACACUGACUCUGAUAGAUACACCAAUUUGGAGGAGCACUGUCAGAAAAUGACCACCGCAGCCAGCGAAAUGCCGUCAUUCUUGGUCGAGCGAAUGGCAAAUGUCAGGCGGCGACGGCAGGACAGGCGAGGGAUGGAGGGUGGCAUCCUUAAGUCACGAAUCGUCACCUGGGAACCGUCAGAAGAGUUCAUCCGGAAAAACCACGUCAUCAACACCCCUCUUCAGACCAUGUACAUCAUGGCAGACCUGGGGCCCUAUGGAAAGCUUGGCUAUAAGAAGUAUGAACAUGUCCUCUGUACUCUGAAGGUGGACAGUAAUGGUGUGAUCACCGUAAAACCUGACUUCACUGGCUCCAGAGGACCCUACAGAAUCGAGACGGACGGGGAGAAGCAGGAGCUGUGGAAGUAUACGAUUGACAACGUGUCCUCCCUUGCACAGCCUGAGGAGGAGGAGCGGGAACAGCGUGUGUUCAAGGACACUGUACCACAAGCCUUUGAGGUGAAUAUUUUUAUUAUUACCGCUUUAUAAAUGAGGAAAUGGAGAUCAAGAAGCUAAGCAGGGUCUUCCCUGGUGGCGCAG